UUGUGUUCAAUGAUUUUUGCCUUAAAUCAAAGGACUGCCUAUAAUUUUACUAAGAAUGUCUUCUAAUUUGGACACUGGAGAUUUACAAGAGUCUCUAAAGCACGGACUUACACCUAUUGUGUCUCAAUUUAAAAUGGUGAAUUACUCCUAUGAUGAAGAUCUUGAGGAACUUUGUCCCGUAUGUGGCGAUAAAGUGUCUGGGUACCACUAUGGGCUUCUCACCUGUGAAAGCUGCAAGGGAUUUUUUAAGCGAACCGUGCAAAAUAAUAAAAGGUACACAUGUAUAGAAAACCAGAACUGCCAAAUUGACAAAACACAGAGAAAACGCUGUCCUUACUGUCGAUUUCAGAAAUGUCUAAGUGUUGGAAUGAAGCUAGAAGCCGUAAGAGCCGACAGAAUGCGAGGAGGAAGGAAUAAAUUUGGGCCAAUGUACAAGAGAGACAGGGCCCUGAAGCAGCAGAAAAAAGCCCUCAUCCGAGCCAAUGGACUUAAGCUGGAAGCGAUGUCUCAGGUGAUCCAAGCGAUGCCCUCUGAUCUGACCAUCUCCUCUGCAAUUCAGAACAUCCAUUCUGCCUCCAAAGGCCUACCUCUGAACCAUGCUGCCUUGCCUCCCACAGACUACGACAGAAGUCCCUUUGUCACAUCCCCCAUUAGCAUGACAAUGCCACCUCAUGGCAGCUUGCAAGGUUACCAAACAUAUGGCCACUUUCCUAGCAGGGCCAUCAAGUCUGAGUACCCAGACCCCUACACCAGCUCGCCUGAGUCCCUGAUGGGCUAUUCCUAUAUGGAUAGUUACCAGACAAGCUCUCCUGCAAGCAUCCCACACCUCAUCCUGGAACUUUUGAAGUGUGAGCCAGAUGAGCCUCAAGUUCAAGCCAAGAUCAUGGCCUACCUGCAGCAAGAGCAGGCCAACCGAAGCAAGCACGAAAAACUGAGUACAUUUGGGCUCAUGUGCAAAAUGGCAGAUCAAACCCUCUUCUCCAUUGUUGAAUGGGCCAGGAGUAGUGUCUUCUUCAGAGAACUUAAGGUUGAUGACCAAAUGAAGCUGCUUCAGAAUUGCUGGAGUGAACUCUUAAUCCUCGACCACAUUUACCGACAAGUGGUACACGGAAAGGAAGGAUCCAUCUUCCUGGUUACUGGGCAACAAGUGGACUAUUCUCUCAUAGUGUCCCAAGCUGGCGCCACCCUCAACAACCUCAUGAGUCACGCGCAGGAGCUAGUGGCAAAACUUCGCUCCCUGCAGUUUGAUCAACGAGAGUUUGUGUGUCUGAAGUUCUUGGUGCUCUUUAGUUUAGAUGUCAAAAAUCUGGAGAAUUUCCAGCUGGUGGAAGGCGUCCAGGAACAGGUCAACGCCGCCCUGCUGGACUACACCCUGUGCAACUACCCGCAGCAGACAGAGAAAUUUGGACAGCUUCUUCUUCGACUCCCCGAGAUCCGUGCCAUCAGCAUGCAGGCUGAAGAAUACCUCUACUACAAACACCUGAAUGGGGACGUGCCCUACAAUAAUCUUCUCAUCGAAAUGUUACAUGCCAAAAGAGCGUAAGCCACAGCCCCUAGGAGCUCUGCUGGGAGAGCAGAGAGGAGAUUGGGGGAGGGGAAAAGAACAGGAAGAGGAAAAAAAAAAUACUCUGAACUGCUCCAAGCAACGCUAAUUAAAAACUUGGUUUAAAGAUAUUGAAUUUAAAAAGGCAUAAUAAUCAAAUGCUUACUAGCAAAUAAAUGAUGUAUCAGGGUAUUUGUAUUGCAAACUGUGAAUCAAAGGCUUCCCAUCCCCAAAGGAUUCCUCUGAAAGACAUUGGAGUGGAGCGAAUGAACUCACACAUGGAUUCCAGCACUAUGUCAGAACAAAAAUGGACACAGAAGUUCUUGUAUAUUUAAACUGAUCUCCGCUAUGAAGACGUUUAGGAGCUGAUCUGUGUUAUUAAUUAGGCUUAUGCAGCGGGGGAUCUGAGCAUACGGAAUGCCUCCGUGGUGAACUUGAACUACGGUAUCAAGAAUGCAUCCGCUGGACCUGUGACUGCCCCUCCCUCUUCCUGGACAGGCCCAGCACCUCUGCCCUGUGGUCAGGGAAUCCAUACUGAGGCCCUGUGUAGCUCCACUCAGUCAUGAAUUCUGAAUGUCUGUGUCUUAGACCUGCAAACAGCUAAUAAGAACAGUCUAUAGAUAAGUCAGCUUGCCAUUUCAAUACGUUCUGGUUUGUUUUGUCACAAGUUCAUAAUUUUUUUUAAAAGCAGGCAGUAUCUCUCUUCUAUCUUAUAAGCAUUAAAUAAAUUAAGAGCUGCUCCAUCUGAAAGCAAGAUAGAUAGAUCUUAUUUCUGCUAUUGUUGCUGAAAUGUGGCUAUGACAUUUUUGGAUUUCAUUAAGAACCUCUGGCCAAAAGGCUUCUUAGAAUACAUCUGUCUCUUCAGUCAUCAAGGUUUGUAGUUCAUUUAA